AUGGAUGAGGUUGUGGUAGAAGUGGAGAAGACGAAGAGAGAAUGGGAGGAAGCUUACGAGAAGACGAUCGGACAUGUCUUGGCGAUACAAGAGUACGGAAAAUCAAAGAGAGGAGACGGAGACGGAGAAGAGAAGAUUUCGUUGCAGAGGCUUAACGGAUUGGCUCAGGAUGGUCUCUCUCUUCUCAAUUCUCUGCAAUUCAAUCUCGAUCUUCUCUCGCCGCAGCUCCCUUCUGACGAUCAGAUCCAGUCCACUCAGUCUCUGCUUGAAACCUGGAAGAAUCAGUAUCAGAGUUUGAGGGUAAACCUGAGAAGUGCUAAUUUGCAAGCAAAGGAUAACAUGAGGAAAGCUGCUCAAUCAGAGAGAGAGCUUCUCCUCGGUGGUGGAACAGAGUCCACAGUUCUCAGACGUAAACGACAAGCAAAUGCUGGCGUGAUUUCGGAUUCUGAAAGCUUAACGGAAAGUCUUAGGCGUUCACGGCAGAUGUUGGUUCAGGAGGUGGAGAGAGGUACAAACACUCUUGGGGUUAUUGAUGGAUCUAAUGAAAUACUUAAGAAGGCCGAUAGUGAAUACAAGGGACACAAGUCUCUGUUGUCGAGGACUCGGAAUCUACUUUCUACAAUGCAACGUCAAGACGUGAUUGAGAGGAUAAUCCUCAUAAUUGGAUUUGCUCUCUUCGCCAUUGUGGUUGCUUACGUUGUUUCGAAGCGCAUUGGCAUUCUGAGACUGCAACAGAUGGCUACUGCUGCCAUUAAAGCUCGAAUGGCCGGAAAAGCAGGUGCUAUGCCUCUUGGACAAGAGUUUGAUAUUGGAAAUACAGUUCCAAAUGUUAAUGUUCCUCUACAGCAAGGUCUGCACGAUGAGCUUUAA